UCAAUGACUCAGUCACGCAAGCGCUCGUCUUCUCCACUCACCGACGUUCCAUUUUCCCUCCUCUGUCCCAGUCUCCUGUGAACAUGGCCCUGAGGGUGUUGAUCGGUCGCCAAACUUCCUUCGCCAUCUCCCUCUCGAAGCACGUCGGCGCGGCCAUCGCCUCCGACACCAACCUCGUAUUAUCUCCCUUGUCCGUCCAUCUCGCCCUCGCCCUCGUUGCUGCCGGCUCCAGUGGUUACACAUUCAACCAAACCGUCUCCUUCCUCGGCAUCAGAAGUGGAAAGCUAGCCGAUCUCAGCUCCCUCUCCUCGCAGAUAGUCGCACUCGUCCUUGCUGACGGGUUGCCAAGCGGUGGGCCAAGGGUUUCCUUCGCUAACGGAGUCUUCGUUGACUCUUCGCUGCCGCUGAAGCCAUCCUUUAAUGAUAUUGUCAUCAAUAAGUUUAAGGCGGAGGUCAACGCAGUGGAUUUCCAAACCAAUGCUGAUGUGGCUCUAAAUGAAGUUAACUCUUGGGUUGAAAACGUUACCUCAAACUUGAUCAAAGAGCUCCUCCCCCCUGGAUCUGUUGAUAAAGGCACUAGAUUGGUGUUGGGGAAUGCACUCUACUUCAAAGGCUCCUGGACUGAAAAGUUUGAUGCAUCCAAGACAUUGAACUCUGAAUUUUACCUGCUUAAUGGAACAUCAGUUGAAGUGGCUUUCAUAACUAGUACAAAAAAACAAUUUCUGUCCUCGUAUGAUGGAUUCAAGGUUCUUAGGCUUCCCUAUAAGCAAGGUAAAGAUAAAAGGUCAUUCUCCAUGUAUAUCUUCUUACCAGACGCAAAAGAUGGUCUAUGGGAUUUAGAGGAGAAGUUAAACAGUGAAUCUGAGCUCUUGACACGUUAUCUUCCCAUGCGAAAGGUCGAAGUGAAUAAAUUCAAGAUGCCCAAAUUCAAGAUAUCAUUCGGAUUUGAAGCAUCUGCUGUGUUGAAAGGUUUGGGUCUGGAUUCACCUUUCAGUGCAGAUGCAGAUUUGUCAGAAAUGGUGGAUUCGCCUUUUGGACGUAGCCUCUUUGUAUCAUCGAUUUUCCACAAAUCCUUUAUUGAAGUCAACGAAGAAGGAACAGUAGCAGCUGCUGCUUCUGCUGCACUGGGGACUAUAACAUCAAUGGCGUUACCUAUGAAUCCUCUGAACUUUGAAGCUGAUCACCCAUUUAUGUUCCUGAUUAGAGAAGACACGACAGGCGUGGUGCUGUUCACUGGGCAUGUUCUUAAUCCAUCAAUUGCUCAGUCGAUCUCCUUGGAACUUGGCCAAUCUUUUUUUUUUCCCUGAAAUGUACCGAGUUUCAUGCAAGAACAUUUGCUGGUUGGUGUUAGGAAUGUAUCUAUUUUCAGAUACUGAUCCUUUUAGUGAUUAAUAAAGUGUUUUUUGUUCCCUAGUGAUGCAUUUGAUUAG